AUUAUAUCCCCAGUAUGAAUUCAAAUUAUAAUGCUGAAAAUAUUUUGACCUUAUUGAAUCAAAUCGAGAAGCAGCGAAUAGUUCCAACAAAUGUCUGUCAAAAAAUUCUUCGUCAACAAUCAAAUUUCAAUCAGUUUGAAUCGAGCGACAUUCCAUAUUUCCCACUCGAAUGGUUUGAUAUUGAAGCUGAUGUUGAUUAUGAUUCGCAAUAUUUUCGACAUUGUAGGGAAGGUUUGGCAUUUCUUCCUGUGGUGGCACCAACAACAUCGUCAUCAACAUCAUCAUCGUCGUAUGACUUUGAAUGGCAUAAAGUGAGCAUAAAGGCACACAAUAAUGAAUCAAAUAAAUGGCAUAUUGAGGAUGUGAGCAACGGUGACAAUUAUGAAGUGCCUCGCAUCUAUUUGAUGUUCAUUGUUGAGGAUCCUCAAAACUUUAUCCAACGCAUGAGAAAUGCAAUACAGCAUCGCGAGGAAUGUGAACGUAAUUUGAGAUUUGAAACGAUAUUAAAUGAAUUUCCCAUGAAUAGAGUUCCACAUUCAUUCGUGCAUCUUUAUGAUAAAAUUGAAAAACUUCUCAACAUGAGCAAAACAAAAACAGAAUUAAUGGAAUUUUAUCAACGUGAAGCGUGCAUUGUCUUUCAGAAAACUCUCGUUGCAUUACAGUUGAAAAAGUUUAUAAAUGAAAGGAAAUCCAGCAGUGAAUAUCUAAAACAACAGAAGGAGAUUGAAUUACCGAGGAAAUUGCAUGUUGAAAGAAAUCUUCUCAAAAAUAACAACAAUGUGAGUGUGAGCAACAACAAUGAAAUCUACAAUAAGAUAAAAUCAGAAAGAAAUCUCAAGCAAUUGUGGCUCUAUUGUUGUCCACAAUCAAUUAAAAUAAUGGAAUUCAUCAACAAUGAAUGUGAGUCUGUCAGUCGAAUGUCUUUCUUUCACAUCCAGACAUCCAUACCAACAAAUUGGGAAACUUUUCAUGCUGAAAUUAAUUCAAAAAUUCAUUCAAUGUCGAAUUUCUUAAAAUCAAUUUGGAUUGAUAGAAUUGUAUGCGAGAUUCAAUCACAAUUGGCUAAUGUCGGUAAGGGAUGGUACGAUAUGAGAGAUAUGACUAGUUGGUCGAUAUAUAAAAUGUCAAAACUAUCUCGUAUGAUUGAAUUGAUAAAGCAGCGUAUGGAAGUAUCCGUAAUGAAAUUACUAAGAUCAUCCCUUGCAGCCUUUGUCAAUCAUCUUUGUCGACCAUGUGAAUGUUUAUUGAAUAUUUCAAAUGAUUAUGAAUGGAUGGAUGAUGAUUUACUUAAUAGUCCAUUCCAUUCGGAAAAUUUCAUAUUUAAAAUAUCCCUAAAUAUCGACAAUGAACGAAAAAUGCCAAUCUAUUCAACAUUCGAGCUACAAAAUGGACGUCUCGAGAGAGAGAUUCUUGAAAUGUAUUAUAAAUGUAUUCUGACAACACAUGACAUCCCACAAAUUGAUCCAUAUUUAAUGAAAGAAUUGAAAUUUGAUGUUGAAAAUUUGAAACUUUCAUCGAUUGGCAUUCUUGACGUUGAGAUACAAAAUCAAAUUUUACAGCUCACAGAAUCGUAUCGUAAAUGUCUCAUACCACUGUAUGCAUAUGCAAGAAAAUAUGAAAAGUUUGUUGAAUUGAAAUGUCUUGAUGUGCAGUCGUUUGUUGGUGAUGUAGCAGCAUCUUCAUCGUCAGUUACUGAAUUCGAGCAUAAAAUUCAUCAUGAAAUAAGAUUUUGUGAGGAAUUGAGACUCAAAAUACCAAAUUACAUCAUUAUCGGUCCAUUUUUCAUAGACAUUGAGGAUCUCAAGACGAGUCUUAUUAAGAUACAAAUGGAAGUAAUAAAAGCCUUAAAGGAGAAUCUCGUAAUGACAGCAAAUAAUAAGCUUGUGAAUAUACAGAAAAGCUACGAUGCAAUUGUUGAACAUUUGACAACCAAACCAUUGACAAUUGAACACCUUGAUGACAUUAACAAAUGGAUUCCAUCAAUUCCCAAUCAAAUUCAGAAACUUUCAAAUGAGAUGAGGACGAUACUUGUCAAUUUUCGAAUCAUUGAGUCAUUCUGGAUUGACUUGUCGGAUGAGAUGUUUAAGGCGAAAUGGAAAGCUCUGCGAAUGCCACAAAUUGUCAAUCUUAAAAUUAAUGAGAUGAAAAAACAGCAUGCAUUUGAUGUGGAACGAUUUACAAAACUCCAUGCGAGCAACUUGACAGUCUUCGCUGAGAAAGUAAAAGCGAUUCCACAUGAUGUCGAUGAAUGCUUAAACAAUUAUAAAACUGGUGAUGAAAUUUUUAAUUUAUGGGACAACUUGAUCAGCAUGCGUGAACACGCUGAAUUACUCAAUAAACGCUGUUUGCUACUCAAUCAACCUGAAAUUGAUAUGGAAUUGCUAACUGUCCAUAUUGAACGCCUGUAUCCUCAUCAAAAUUUUUGGACAAUGACAUUAAAUUUCCUCUCGUCAAAGCAAAUGUGGACAGAACAAAUGCCUUUGUCAAUGCUUGAUGUUCAGUCGAUUGAGGCGGAAAUUGAGAGAUAUGAUGCAAUUGUUCAGGAAUGUCGAGAUGAUUUUUCAAAUGAUACAAAAAUGAUGAACAAUAUUCAUAAAAUUACUAUAGAAAUCCAAGAAUUUGAGGUUCUUGUUGACAUUUUAAAGGAUUUAAAAAAUUCAAACUUGAAGGAUGUUCAUUUUGAGAAAAUUUCUACAGCAACUGGAAUUGUAAUCGAUGAUUCUACUCAAUUGAAGGACGUGAUUUCAUACAAUGCUCGGAGAUUUUUGAAUAUUUUGAAAGAUGUCAAUAGCGAAGCAUCUCGAGAAGCUGCACGCGAACGUCAAGAAAUUAUUCGUCAAGAAAUUGAAGAAGAGAAGAAGCGCUUGCACGAAGAAGAAGUUAAAAGACACAGAGAAUUGCGUCGGAAAAAUCGACAGGAUUUGUUCAAGUUGCCAGAUUAAAUUGGGCGAUGAAGAUUUUAUUUUUUAAGCAUUAUUACGAUGUUUUUUUAAUAAAUUAUAGGAAUCGACUCUAUUUUUGUUACUGCAUAAGCUUUAUUGUAGUGUAACUGGAUAAGUUUGAAUGGAUUUGAAUAACAAUUAAAAUUUAAAUAUGAAAGAUUUUUAUCACACAUCUGGAACGGAUUUAUCGUGUAAAUAUGAGUCACACAUCUGGAACGGAUUUAUCGUGUAAAUAUGAGUCUUUAAGCUUCUUGAUGCUUAUUUCCUCGGUUACAAUAAUCAGCUCAAGUUCAAUCUAAUACUUUAUUAUCAAUUUAGACUUGUUG